AUGGGCGUGCAAGACGCGGAGCAAGUUGGUGAAGAUAUGGAGACCCAUGAGAGCAGAAGGAGGACAUGGCCUUUGCAUUGUGAUUUCUUGCGUACCGAGAUGGAGAACUGGGAAAAGGAACCUCCUUUGACAACUUCAAGUGUUGGAAAUUCAUUUCCUCUGGAAAGCAUAGGCGAGGAUGCAGUGAUUGGAGACGAAAGACAGACAUUGAUGAAUUUCAUCCCUGUUCGUCGGUCUGGUGAGUGGUCAGAUAUUGGAGAUCGUCCUUAUAUGGAGGACACCCACAUAUGUGUUGGAGACAUGGCGAAGGAAUUUGGGUACAAAGUCAUCAGUGAGGGAGCAGUUUCCUUUUAUGGAGUAUUUGAUGGACAUGAUGGUGAGAGUGCUGCAAAAUUUGUCCGUGAUUAUCUGCCAAGACUGAUUGUUGAAGAUGCUGACUUUCCCUUGGAGAUGGAGAAGGUAGUCACAAGGUCAUUCUUGGAGACUGAUGCUGCAUUUGCAAAGUCUUGUUCUCUUGAGUCUUGCAUGCCUUCUGGUACAACUGCACUAACCGCCAUUGUACAUGGCAGGUCUUUGCUUGUAGCCAAUGCCGGAGACUGCAGGGCAGUGUUGUCCCGAUGUGGAGGGGCUAUAGAAAUGUCCAAAGAUCAUAGACCCUUGUGUACGAAAGAAAGGACGAGGAUUGAAUCCUUAGGUGGAUUUAUUGAUGAUGAUGGUUACCUGAAUGGCAAACUUGGUGUCACGCGUGCUCUAGGCGACUGGCACCUCAAAGGAAUGAAGGAAAUGAGUGAAAGAGGACAAGGAGGGCCAUUGACCGCUGAGCCAGAACUUAAAUUGAUGACAUUAACUAAAGAAGACGAGUUCUUGAUAAUUGGGUGUGAUGGAAUCUGGGAUGUAUUUACCAGCCAAAAUGCCAUUGAUUUUGCUAGGAGGCGGCUUCGAAAGCACAAUGAUGUGAAACUAUGCUGCAAGGAAAUGGUAGGGGAAGCCAUGAAGAGAGGAUCAACAGACAACUUAACCGUUGUGAUGGUCUGUUUCCAUGCAGAUCCGCCGCCCCCUGUGGUGGUAGAAAGGUCAAGAGUCAGGAGAAGCAUUUCAGCUGAGGGACUCCAGCAUCUAAGAGCUCUGUUAGAAGGAUAGAAAGAUUCCCUGUGAAGCUGCUGUUUUCUUUUCCUUUGAGCGGUUAUGUACAUAUACAUACAUACAUACAUACAUACAUAUAUAUAUAUAUUCAAGCAUCAGACAGAAAGUGCCUUCCAGCUGCUGAUUUUACUGAUUGAUGCUAAGCCUUGUUUCUGAGGAGGAUGGGGAAAGAACAGUGAGUUGCCAUGACUCUAAAGAGAUUCUUAUCAUAAUCUUGAAGCAAUUUUUCUCAUUAUUAUUGGCAAAGCAGGAUGGAAUCGUGUGAGUUGUACAGGGGUUACACAUAAUUGAUGCAUUGUAGUCCUAUUUCCAUGGGCAUAAAGUUAAAGCACUGUAAAUAAACUGUUAAUCUGUCAAACUUUCACUGAAGGCUUGCUGCUGUUGCUUCUUACAGAACCCUUUUAACUUAUUCAA